UUUGGGACUACCAACUUUACAUAGAUGUGACAUGUUUUCUACAGUUCAUUUCCUGUAGUUUGUAAAUAGAUGACUCUGAUAGAGUAUCACAGUUUAGUCCGGAAGAAGCAUUCUAGCUUUCUUCCUCAUUCAGAUUUGGUUGUUCAGGAUGAAAAGUAUUUGUAUGAACACUUUAUUAAACGUGGUCCAUAUUCAUUGUUGGAGGUCUGAAAUAAACUGUUUUUGACACAGCUUACAUAUCAAUUUAGAAUAUUGUACUUCACGCUAUAAUGCUAAACCUCUACACGUUACAUCAGACAUAAGUGUUAAAUGUCACAUUCAAAGACCUCACUUGGCUGGAGAUUCUUGUAUUGUUUGAAAUGAUAAAAAAAAAAUCACAUCCAGUAGUGCAAAGUCAACAAAGUCCGUUAUCCACGCUCUAACAGUAGUAAAACGAAGAAAGUGACUGACGGCACAAAGUAUCCACUCAACCUCACUAGCGCAGCGGCAAAACACCAAGGGCGGAGUCUUUGUUAUACAGAAAACACAUAUAAUUGGAGGAGAAAUGAAACGGCACCGCCUAGUGCAAAGCAUCACCACGUGAUUUUCCUUAGCAACGGGUGGAUGUCAGCUGUCUCUGCGAAAAAAAAAAAAAAAGGCUGCAGUCAGAGGAGUUUCUUGCGCAGACCGUUCAGUGUCCUGAGAGGAAUUUCGACCCGUACGCCACAGUUUUGUUUGUAGCAAUGUGUUUAUUUUGUAAGUAAGGGGAGUAAAAUACUGGAAAGUGUAACACAUUUUCAUAAAUUAAAGGGCGCAGGCUUCAGAAAACAUGAGUCGCCCAAACCCCGGAACACUUGCUGCGUACAACAGUCUAACGGAUAGACACCUGACUGGGUAUUUCAGUAACACAAGAAUAAGGAGACAUCUUCAGAAAGUUGGACUGAUUACAAGACAUGGAAGAAUUGUACCAGACAAAGAGUACAGAUAUAACAUAAUGAGGAGGGAUCAUCAAAAAUAUGUGCGAGAAUGUCUAGCACAAGCCAUCUUUCACAAGGUGCUUGACAUGGAGAGAUGCAAUCAAAUCGAGAUCAAAAGGAAAUUAGAAGAUUUUGAACGCAAAGAACGGGUGCAGAGGAUCAAGGUGGAUCGAUCAAAGAGAUACGAUGAAGAUGUUGUCCCUUUACUCUCCCCACGACCACCAACUGCCCCCAAAAAUGGCAAUGCCGGACACUCUGGACCUGAGGCUAAUCAGUCUGAAUCUUCAGAACCCAAGUCUACUUCCUCUCGACCGUGCACUGCACCUGGAAAAAUACAAAGGCCUGUUCGCUUGCAGCCCAUACAGAGCAAUGGCACUGCAGCACCUGCCAGAAGGACAUUUCCAGGCUCCAGACAGAAGGGCCACAGUGAGAAGACAGAACACCAUUUAAUCUAUUCGCUUGACAGAGAUGCAAGGAGGCAUAUUGCCGUGACAGAUUUUGCCAGUGGAAUCUCCCCUUACCGACUUCCAGUUAUUAACAAUUAUGUAACUCCAGUUCCACCUCCCCCCCAAAAAAGGGACAGAAACUUUAAAGGAACCUCAAAUGGAACGAGAAGGGGUAGAAGACUACGACCUACAACUGCACCAAAUGGAAUUGAAGAAACGAAGGAUUCUGCUAAAUUCCACAAGACAUCUGUGCACAGUAACGUUGCUGUCACCAUGGUGUAUUUCGGAAAGAGUGUUCAUUUGUCUCAUGAUGAUACGGACUUUAGAGAUGAAGUUAAAGUUUACCAGCAGCACUGUGGUGGAGAAAAUCUCUGUGUUUACAAAGGAGCACUCGCAGAAGGAGAAACUUUUCAGUUUGUCUCCAGACGCCACCAUGGUUUUCCUUUCAGUCUUACCUUUUUCCUGAAUUCAAUGCAAGUUGAUCGGCUCAGUUCCUGCUGCGAGUUUAAACAUCGUAAAGGCGCUAGAUUGGGAGGAAAACAUGGGCACUUUGGCAUUGCCAGUGUCGAAGGAGCUUCCCCUUGCUACAGAUGUAUCAUUGCUGUGGGUUUAGAUAAGAAACCCACCCCUCCGCCAAAACGGAUAAAAAAAGAAGUAGAAAAAGAGGAGUCGACUAGAGAUCGGGGUAAAGAAGACAAGAGCUGCAGUGAGGAAGAGAUGCCUAAAGAAGAGAGCAUAUCAAAUUUCUCCUUGAGAUCUCCGCACAGUGAAUAUGAUGUAGAGGAGGAAAAUCAGAUGGAAUUAGAACCCAAAGAGAUUGAGAUACCUGAAGUUAAUGACGAUGAAAAAUUAAAGGAUGAAUAUGAUGACGAUUUUGAAGUAGAUGAAGCGAAGCCUGAUGCAAAAGAAGAGAACAGAGAAGAGGCUGACAUGAAUGGAAGGUCACCAGCCCCCUCUGAUGAUGAAAGGGGUAAUUCUGAUACAAGGGAGAGCGAAUAUAAAGAGAAACAGAAGCACCAUUCUGGCAGUGAUGAUGAUAGAGCCAGCUACUCUGACAGUGAGGUGGAGGAUAGCAAACAAGGUGGCAGGAGAGCAAGGCCAUCUGACUCAUCUAGUAGCUUGUAUUCUUCAAGCAGCAGCAGAAAAGAUUCAGAAAGUGACAGUGAAGGGGGAAAAGAUGAUGUGAAAAAAGAAGAAAUCAAAGUACUCAAUACUGAACCAAGAAGUGUAUCGGAGUCAGCAAAUGACGUGGAGGACGAGGUAAAAAAUGAGCAGGCUGUAUCUGACAAUGACAAAGAACAACAUACCCACGAAGAGGCGAAACAAAUCGAGGGUGCUGAGAAUAUAGAAACCAACGAUCAGGUUUCUGCAGAGUACCAACAAACUGGUGAGGUACCAAGGGAGAGUGCUGGGCUCACUGUUUCUGAAAGAAAUGAAGCUGUUGAACAAACAGACAGCAUGUAUCGGCCAGAGAGUGCAAAAGACAAGGGUGGCAUUACAGAUUCAAAACCAGAGGCGCAAACCGAGACAGCUGUUUUUGCUGAACCUGCUGAAGCUGAAAAACAGGGUAGUGCCAAAUCAGUAAAGGAGAAAAUUGCUGAUGCUAUAAUAAACGAGGCACGUUGCAGUUCUGAACCAGAACCAAGUGAUUCCAGCACUGAUGAGGAUGAUGAAACGACAAGACAAGCAAGAAAAUCAUAUAUAAUACAUAUUGAUAAUGAAGCGGAAGAUGCAGUAGCCUUUUCAUUAAUGCAGAUGAAAAAUCAAGAAGAAUCAGCAGUAAACCCUGAUGAAGCACUUGUUAAAGAGGAUCAAACUGAAUUGGCUAAAGACACUGAAAUGAAAGAAGAUGAAUCCCCAGAAGAAGCUCAGAAAGCAACGCAAUCUGUAGGAGAUAAUCAUGAUGAGGAGAAUAAGGCAGAAGAGACCGAUCCCAAAGCUAAAAUAGAUAAGACUGAGACUGAAGUUAAACUAGGUGAGUCAGGGGCUAAUGUAGAGCCUGAGACAAAGGCAGAAGAGACAGAGGCAGAGGCUAACAUAUAUGAAGUAGACAGUGACACUAAGACAGAACAGACUGAGCCUGAGGUUAAGACAGAACAGACUGAGCCUGAGGUUAAGACAGAAAAAAAAGAGCAUGAGACUAAGGCAGUGGAGGCACAGCCUGAGGCUAAGACAGAACAGACUGAGCCUGAAGGUAAGACAGAAAAGAAAGAGCAUGAGACUCAGACAGAACAGACUGAGCCUGAGGUUAAGACAGAACAGACUGAGCCUGAGGUUAAGACAGAACAGACUGAGCCUGAGGCUAAGACAGAACAGACUGAGCCUGAAGGUAAGACAGAAAAGAAAGAGCAUGAGGUUAAGACAGAACAGACUGAGCCUGAGGUUAAGACAGAACAGACUGAGCCUGAGGUUAAGACAGAACAGACUGAGCCUGAGGCUAAGACAGAGCAGACUGAGCCUGAAGGUAAGACAGAAAAGAAAGAGCAUGAGACUCAGACAGAACAGACUGAGCCUGAGGUUAAGACAGAACAGACUGAGCCUGAGGUUAAGACAGAACAGACUGAGCCUGAAGGUAAGACAGAACAGACUGAGCCUGAGGUUAAGACAGAACAGACUGAGCCUGAGGUUAAGACAGAAAAGAAAGAGCAUGAGGUUAAGACAGAACAGACUGAGCCUGAGGCUAAGACAGAACAGACUGAGCCUGAGGUUAAGACAGAAAAGAAAGAGCAUGAGGUUAAGACAGAACAGACUGAGCCUGAGGUUAAGACAGAACAGACUGAGCCUGAGGCUAAGACAGAACAGACUGAGCCUGAGGUUAAGACAGAACAGACUGAGCCUGAGGCUAAGGCAGAACAGACUGAGCAUGAGGGUAAGACAGAACAGACUGAGCCUGAGGUUAAGACAGAACAGACUGAGCCUGAGGUUAAGACAGAACAGACUGAGCCUGAGGUUAAGACAGAACAGACUGAGCCUGAGGGUAAGACAGAACAGACUGAGCCUGAAGGUAAGACAGAACAGACUGAGCCUGAAGGUAAGACAGAACAGACUGAGCCUGAGGCUAAGACAGAACAGACUGAGCCUGAAGGUAAGACAGAACAGACUGAGCCUGAGGUUAAGACAGAACAGACUGAGCCUGAAGGUAAGACAGAACAGACUGAGCCUGAGGGUAAGAUAGAAAUGGAGCCUGAGGCUAAUACAUUGGAAGCAGAGCCUGAGGCUAAGACAGUGGAGACAGAGCUUGAGGCUAAAAUAGUGGAGCCAGAGUCUAAGUCUAAGACAGUGGAGACAGAAUCUAAGGCUAACACAGAAGCAGAGGCAGAGUCUAAGACAGAAGAGGCAGAGGCAUACACUGAGACACUGAAGGAAGAGCCUGAUGCUAAGAUAGAAGAAACUGAGACUAAAGCAGUAGAGAAAGAUCCUGAGAGUAAGACAGAGGAGGCGAAGACAGAAAAGACAGGAUUUGAGGCCAAGACAGUGGAGGAUAAGCCUGAAGCUCAGACAAAAGAAACUGAGACUAAAAUAGCAGAGGAAGAAUCUGAGGGUCAGGCAGAAGAGACACAGCCUGAGGCAAAGGUAAUGGAUGCAGAAUCUGUGUAUAAAGAGCCUAAGGCUGAGUCGGAAAAGACUGAGGCUGAAGUAGUAGAGUCAGAGACUGAGGCUAAGGUAGGGGAGGCAGGGCCUGAGACUAUGACAGUGGAGGUACAGCCUGAGGCUAAGGCAGAAGAGACAGAGUCUGGAGCUAAAGUAGAAGAGGCAGGUGUUAAAAGAGCAGAAGAGGUAGGAGAGGUCAUUCCAGAGAUAAAGGCAGGAGAAGUAGCACCUGGAGAUAAAGUAACAGAGAUGGAAAUUAAAGCAGAAGAAGCUAAAAGUGAGUCUAAGGCUGAAGAGGUGGGGACUGAAGGUAAAGCAAGAGAAGCAGUGCCCCAGGCUAAGGCAAAAGAGGAAGCAUCUGAGGCUAAUGUAAAAGAUACAGAAGAUAUUAUCUCUGAGAUUAAAGUACAAGAGAUAAAAACUAAAUCUGAGAUACAUCUGGUUGAAGAUACAGGAGCUGGUGUAGAUAUCAAAACAGAAGAGGCAAAAUCUAAGCCUAAAAUAGCGAAGGCAGAAUCUGAAGCACAAGCGACAAAACUAGAAACAAUGGUAAAGGUAGAGUCAGAGCAUGAGACUCAAGUAGAAAAUGCAGAGGCUGUGCUCAAGGUACAAGAGGGAGGGAGUGAGACUAAUGUAGCAAAGGGAGACACUGAUGCUAAAGCAGACGAGGUUAAGGAUAAAGUAGGAGAGGCAGAGCAUAUGCCUGAGACUAAAAUAGAAGAAAUUGAGUCUGGGGUAAAAGCAGAGGAAAUUAAAGCUAUAGCAGUAAAGGAAGAACUAAAACCUGUAGAAAAGUCUAAAACUGAUGCUAAAGUAGAUGAGGCUAAAAGUGAUGCUAAAGUAGAAGAGGUUGAAAGUGAUGCUAAAGCAGAAGAGGCUGAAACCAAUAGUAAAGAAGAAGAGGCUGAAACCGAUGCUAAAGUAGAAGAGGCUAAAAGUGAUGCUAAAGUAGAAGAGGUUGAAAGUGAUGCUAAAAUAGAAGAGGUUGAAAGUGAUGCUAAAGUAGAAGAGGCUGAAACCGAUGCUAAAGUAGAAGAGGCUAAAAGUGAUGCUAAAGUAGAAGAGACUAAAAGUGAUGCUAAAGUAGAAGAGGCUGAAACCGAUGGUAAAGUAGAAGAGACUGAAACCAAUGCUAAAGUAGAAGAGGCUAAAAGUGAUGCUAAAGUAGAAGAGACUAAAAGUGAUGCUAAAGAAGAAGAGGCUGAAACCGAUGGUAAAGAAGAAGAGGCUGAAACCAAUGCUAAAGUAGGAGAGGCUGAAACUGAUGCUAAAGUAGAAGAGGCUAAAAGUGAUGCUAAAGUAGAAGAGGUUGAAAGUGAUGCUAAAGUAGAAGAGACUAAAAGUGAUGCUAAAGUAAAAGAGGCUGAAACCGAUGGUAAAGUAGAAGAGACUGAAACCGAUGCUAAAGUAGAAGAGGCUAAAAGUGAUGCUAAAGUAGAAGAGGUUGAAACCAGUGCUAAAGUAGAAGAGGCUGAAACCGAUGGUAAAGUAGAAAACAUUGAAACUAAUGCUAAAGUAGAAGAGACUGAAACUGAUGCUAAAGUAGAAGAGGCUGAAAGUCAUGCUAAAGUAGAAGAGGCAGAUGCUAAUGAUAAAGUAGAAGAGGCUGCAAACGAUGCUAAAGUAGAAGAGGCUGAAAGUGAUGCUAAAGUAGGAGAGGCUGAAACUGAUGCUAAAGUAGAAGAGGCUGAAAGUGGUGAUAAAGUAGAAGAGGCUGAAAGUGAUGCUAAAGUAGAAGAGGUUGAAACCAUUGCUAAAGUAGAAAAGGCUGAAAGUGAUGCUAAAGUAGAAGAGGUUGAAACCAUUGCUAAAGUAGAAGAGGCUGAAAGUGGUGAUAAAGUAGAAGCGGUUGAAACCAUUGCUAAAGUAGAAGAGGCUGAAAGUGGUGAUAAAGUAGAAGAGGCUGAAAACCAUGCUAAAGUAGAAGAGGCUGAAACCAAUGGUAAAGUAGAAGAGACUGAAACUGAUGCUAAAAUAGGAGAGGCUGAAACCGAUGGUAAAGUAGAAGAGGCUAAAAGUGAUGCUAAAGUAGAAGAGGCUGAAACCGAUGCUAAAGUAGAAGAGGCUGAAACUGAUGCUAAAGUAGAAGAGGCUGAAACCGAUGCUAAAGUAGGAGAGGCUGAAACCAAUGCUAAAGUAGAAGAGGCUGAAAGUGGUGAUAAAGUAGAAGAGGCUGAAACCAGUGCUAAAGUAGAAGAGGCUGAAAGUGGUGAUAAAGUAGAAGAGGCUGAUACUAAUGAUAAAGUAGAAGAGAUUGAAACUGAUACUAAAGUAGAAGAGGCUGAAAGUGAUGAUAAAGUAGAAGAGAUUGAAACUAAUGCUAAAGUCGAAGAGACUGAAGCUGAUGCUAAAGUAGAAGAGGCUGAACCCAGUGGUAAAGUAGAAAAGAUUGAAACUAAUGCUAAAGUAGAAGAGGCUGAAACUGAUGCUAAAGUAGAAGAGGCUGAAACUGGUGCCAAAGUAGAAGAGGCUGAAACCGAUGGUAAAGUAGAAAACAUUGAAACUAAUGCUAAAGUAGAAGAGACUGAAACUGAUGCUAAAGUAGAAGAGGCUGAAAGUCAUGCUAAAGUAGAAGAGGCAGAUGCUAAUGAUAAAGUAGAAGAGGCUGCAAACGAUGCUAAAGUAGAAGAGGCUGAAAGUGAUGCUAAAGUAGGAGAGGCUGAAACCAGUGCUAAAAUAGAAGAGGCUGAUACUAAUGAUAAAGGAGAAGAGAUUGAAACUGAUACUAAAGUAAAAGAGGCUGAUACCAAUGAUAAAGUAGAAGAGGCUGAAACUGAUGUUAAAGUAGAAGAGACUGAAACUGAUGCUAAAGUAGAAGGGACUGAAACUGGUGCUACAGUAGAAGAGGCUGAUAUUAACGAUAAAGUAGAAGAGGCUGAUACUAACGAUAAAGUAGAAGAGGUUGAAACCGAUGCUAAAGUAGAAGAAGCUGAUGCUAAAGUUGAAAAGGCAAAGUCUGAGGCUACAAUAGAAAAGGAUGAGGCUAAGGCAGAAGAAGGGGAGCCUGAGGCGAUAGCAAAAGAGCUGUAUGUUAAAGUAGAAGAGGCAGAUUGUAAAGCACCAGAAGCACAGCCUGCAGCUAAAACAUUAGUGCCAGAGCCAGAUGAUGAAGUAAAAGAGAGAGAGACAUUGGCUAAAGAAGAAAUGGCACUGUCUGAGGUAAAAGUAGAAACGGCUGAGGCUAUAGAAGCAGUAGAGUCAGAUAAGCACACAGAGGCAUCAUCUGAGGCUAAGGCAGAAGAGGCAGAUGUUAAAGAAGCAAAGGCAGACCCAGAAAUAGUCACUAAGGCUAACAUAGUGGCUGAUUCAGAUGAUAAGGCAGUGAAUACGUUUAAAUCUGGGACUAAAGAAGGAAAGACAGAGAAUGUGGAUAAUACAGAAAGUGUGGAGUCUGGAGCUGAAGCAGCUGAAGCUAAAGUGAAAGAGACCGAAGCUGAGGCAGAUUAUGACUGUAAACUAAAAGAGGCAGAACAACAUGAAUCUGAAUCAGAGACUAAAGUAGAAAAUAUAAAAUCCGGGGACGUCAAAGAACAGUCUACUGGAAAAAUACAAAAUGGUUUUGAGACCAAAAAGCCUGGGAUUGUGGAUUAUGAAACAUCUGUAGAAGAAAUAAACACAUCUCUGGAAUCUGACAAUAACUUAAAAAGGGAAGAAAACAAGAUGGACAGGUAUGCCCUAGAAAAGGAGUAAUAUAAAACCCUCUGAAAUCUCCCACUACAGGCACAAGGUUGAUUAACAAGAGUUGUUUUCUGACUGAGACACAGAGGAAGGUUUGGUGUAUUCUUCAAGCACAAUACUGGAUUAGUAAUGCUAUAAUACAAUAUAAUACAAUAUGGAUUAUUAAUGCUCAAACAACUUUGACCAAUUUUUAAAAAUGUUCAGCUGAACCAAACAUUUAAAUGUACUUAUUUUCAUUUAUUUUCUGAAACACAAAGUGGCUAUGAAAUGUGUACAGUAAGAUGGUUUGAAAGCAGUAAAUAAGUCGGAGGCUUAAAAUGAAGUUGUCACAUCUGAGUGUAAAAGUGUCCGUGAUUAUGAACACAUUUAUUACCUGACACCAAAAUGUUUACCUCCGAAUAGUUGGAUAUUGUACGUAGGUUCUAUAAAUGUAAAAGUUGCUAUUUCAUUUUUUUAAAUCUAAGAUGUUCAAUUUGUAGCCAUUUUAUACCAUUAGUGUUAAGUAUUUCUUUAACCCUUAUCAAACCUAUUAAGACUGCAUGGAAUACGAUCCUUGAAAGUUGAAAUUCCUCUGUACAGCUUGACUCAUACUGGACAUUGGAAACUAUUAGUAUGAAUCAAUCAAUACCUCACUGCAGCCAUGUAAUACUGUACCGAUCUGAAAUACAACAACGUAGUUUAAUGAUCACAUUUAUUUGUGAUUGUGCUGUGGGGGAAAAAAUGUUUUGUUUGUUGUGACUUGAUCAAGAGUGAAACCGAAUGAAAAACUUGAAUUAGAGAUUUUUGCCCUUUUCUUUAAAAUUGCAGGAAGGUCAAAGCUUCCAGUUUUAUUUUUUUAAUAAAUAUUUUGCACUAAAUAGCACUUUUUACCUGUAGUAUUCAGAGACAAAUACACUCAAUGAUGUGCACUUAUGCCCUUAAUCUACAGGCUCUACAACUUAAUAAGAGUAAUGUAUUUUUAUAUGUUUGAAUUGUUUACUGAAGGCUGGAGUAUUCAAUUUUUUAUUACCAAAACAAGUAAAUAAUGUGCAUUUAUUGUGCAAUAUUCUGCCUUAGAAACUUUGACGAGUGGUUACCUAACUUUCUGAAUGUAAUUGAGGUUAAUUAUUCCCGUUUCCUUUGUAACAGUAACCCGUUUGCAAAAACAGUGUUUCUAAUAGAUACUGUUAAUGUAUUUAUUGAUCAACCUUAAAAUAGUAAUAUAUGAAUAUGCAUUUAUUCAUUUCUAU